AUGAUCAUCUUAAUUUACUUAUUUGUCUUUCUAUGGGAAGAGGCUCACGGAUGGGGAUUCAAGAACGGAAUUUUUCACAACUCCAUAUGGCUUGAACAAGCAGCAGGCGUGUACCACAGGGAAGCGCGGUCCGGCAAAUACAAGCUCACCUACGCAGAAGCGAAGGCGGUGUGUGAAUAUGAAGGUGGCCAUCUUGCCACCUACAAGCAGUUAGAGGCAGCCAGAAAAAUUGGAUUUCAUGUCUGUGCCGCUGGGUGGAUGGCCAAGGGCAGAGUUGGAUACCCUAUUGUGAAGCCAGGGCCCAACUGUGGAUUUGGAAAAACUGGUAUUAUCGAUUACGGAAUCCGUCUCAAUAGAAGUGAAAGAUGGGACGCAUACUGCUACAACCCACAUGCAAAGGAGUGUGGUGGUGUGUUUACGGAUCCAAAGAGAAUUUUUAAAUCUCCAGGCUUCCCAAAUGAGUAUGAUGAUAAUCAAAUCUGCUACUGGCACAUUAGACUCAAGUAUGGUCAGCGCAUUCACCUGAGCUUUUUGGACUUUGACCUUGAAGAUGACCCAGCUUGCUUGGCUGACUAUGUUGAAGUAUACGACAGUUACGAUGAUGUCCAUGGCUUUGUGGGAAGAUACUGUGGAGAUGAGCUUCCAGAAGACAUCAUUAGUACAGGAAAUGUCAUGACACUGAAGUUCCUGAGUGAUGCUUCGGUGACUGCAGGAGGCUUCCAAAUCAGAUACGUCGCAGUGGACCCUCCAUCCAAAUCCAGUCAAGGAAAGAAUGCAAGUUCUACAAGUACGACUUCUACUGGAAACAAAAACUUUUUAGCUGGAAGAUUUAGCCAUUUAUAA